AUGCGGUCGCGAGCUUCCGUAAAACCAUCGGACUAUCCAACCCUGCCAUUCCACGGCAUUCGCUUCGUGACCUUUCUCUCUUCGAUCGUGGUCGCAAUCAUCCUCGCCGUAUUCAUCUACCAUCUCCACGCCGAUGGCUAUAAACUCCCCUUCGCAUUCCUAGUCCUCCUGAUAACCUCCCUCCUAUCCCUCCUCUCAACCCUCCUAACCAGCCUCUGCAACUGCGCCUGCGGCCUCUCCACAAAACUCUCCCUCCUCCUCAACACCACCCACCUAAUCCUCUGGGCACUCUCCCUCGCCCUCCUCUCCUACAGCAUGUCCGGCACGAUCCUCACAAAAUGCACAACGCAGUACUGGGCCACCACCACCGCUUUGACAGUCUGCCGCACCUACAAGGCUCUCUUCGCGUUCACGAUCCUCGGGGUUGUCAGUUAUAUCGCGGCGAUUUGGUUGGAUGUUGUUGUACGGAAGAGGCAGACGAGGCUGGGAGAGUAUAAUCCUAUGGCGAGUUCGGCUGCGGUCGGGGAGGAUCCGUGGGAUGUGAAGUUGGUGGAGAGGAGAGAUGAUGGGGGUGAUGGGGGGAGGAAGGGUGGGAAUCGGGUUAGAUUUGCUGGACAGGGACACGGGUAUCAGCAUCCGGCUGAGCAGACGGGGUAUGAUCCUGCGGCUUAUCGUUGA